CGUAGAGCCUUAUCUGCCGGUCUGUGCCUGCCCCUUCUUCAAUUAGGCGCCCAAUUGAUUUGAUCGUCUUGUUGCGACAAAGAAAAUAGACACCUCACACUCUCGGCGCAGUUUUAUUCCACCCGCAACCCAAAUCAGAACGCAAAAGUCUCUUGUCUAAUAGCCUGUCUACACAACUGGCCGAACUAGCCAACAAGACCUUUUAAAAUUCCCUUUAUGGAGAUGGCGACCCACGCGCCAAGUUCUCCUCGACUUCCGAGUCCUCCUCCUCCCGCAGAGAUCCAGAUCGGGCCUGUGCCACAGUCACCUGGAAGCUCCCCAAAUCAUCAAGUGCCGCAGAUGGAGCAGACUGCAAUUGAUGCGAACGCAAAGCGGCGCAUUCACCCCGGCACCAGGGCAUCCGAUAUGGCUGCUGGACCGCCUUUAAUUCCGCUAAAUGAGCUCGACUCGGCCUUCCAGCUUCAAGAACACCUCGCCGCCCUACACUACCACCACACAGCCACCAACACGAACCCUGUCAGUCGGGAGACGGCCAAAAUCUUGGGGACACCCCCUCCAGGCAUAGACCGAACCUUGUGGCUCUAUGAGCUUUGCCGCUUCCUGAUAGAGCAGUGCAAUGCCCUGAUAGUCGGCUUUCUGUUCGACACACCUCCGUGCAGCGCCGUGACCUGCCCGGAGAUGCGCGCGUCAGAGUGGCAGUUUCUCUGCGCCGUCCACGACCAGCCCAAAUCGUGCUGCGCCAUCGACUACUGCUGCCACACUCUCGACUGGGCCGCCAACGUCGUAACCAAUCCGCAGAUCUUCCCCUCGCGCUUCGUCGCCCUCUCAGACGCCCACGACAAGGGUGCCGCCAUCAAGAACCUGAUCAACGUGUUUCGUCGUCUGCACCGCAUCUUUGCGCAUGCCUGGUUUCAGCACCGUGGUGUCUUCUGGACGGUGGAGGGCCAGACCGGUCUGUACGUCUUCUUCAAGACGGUCUGUGACAUGCAUGACCUGUUACCUGGCGAAAACUACAAGCUUCCGCCCGAGGCCGAGGGCUUGGAGGCUCCUACUCGUAGCAACCUGAACGUACCCGGAGACGGUCCCAAGAUACUGCAGAAUACCGGCGAUGCCUCGACUCAGGGCGCAGCCGCUGCUCGUCCUGGGCCAGGCGUAACCAGUGAGGGAGAGGACGAUCAUCAUAGCGCGGUCAACAGCAGGACAAGCACUAGGAGGCACAUCCGCAGUAGUCCAUCCACCGGCAGUGCCGUCACCACCGUCAUGGAGGCGGAUGAGGAUGAUGGCAGUACCGGAGAUGUGGCAAAGCGCUUCAGAAAGAUGCGCAUCAUGGACCCGCCUCUGGCAGAGGACGAUAUGGAGACGACCGAAGUGCCCGUGCUUGUGGAACAAGAUCCUCCCGUGCAAAGCACAUCAAUGGGCAAUGGAGGCAACACAGCGAAGACAGGCGAGGAAGAGCCGCAAAGCUUACCGGACGCGACGGAAAGCGCCAAAAGCGCUCCCGGCGCGGCAGCUACGUCUGCAGAGGUCGAAUCGGCGAGUCACGACAUCCCCAGGACCGUUGAGAGCUUCCUUGAGAGUCCUGACUCAGAAAUGCCAUCCCAGCCGCUCUCUUCAGAGUCGGCGUCCAAAGCGGCGGCCGAGACUCGUGACGACGAAAAGACUUCUACGACAGCGGCAGCACCCUCCGACCACGGAAGCUCUGAUGACGCAGGUGCCGCCGCUAUGCUGCAGGCCACCAGCGUUGCCGAUUUUGCGGGCGACGCAGGCGAAGCCGAAGAACCAGUGGCUGCAGCCAAAGGCGACAGACCUGGUGACGAGGUUUCCACAUCAUCGGCUUCGGACGACACGGAACAGGAAGCGCCUCAAGAACCGACCGAGGAAGAAAAACCAGCCAAGGCUAAUGAAGAAGCGAAAGACAAAUCUGAGCCUCAACAACUUGAUGCGAGCAAAGCUAAUUCCGAUUGAAAAGACGGUUUUCUAGAGCUCUGAGCCAGACAGGCUAAAUUCUUGUUCAGCUUUCCGAAGACCCCAUAGCUUUAAUAGUCCAUCUUGUAAUAGCAGACCGCUGGGGCGGUCUUUUGUAAUGAUACCUAUCAAGCAACAAUUUGCCGAAAUUCCCAACCGCGGGGUUAUCGAGCGUAUAAUGCUGCUCAAAGGCUUAUAAAAUAACCCAUACGUAUUUUAAGGCCGGGGGGUUUACUACUACUUCCAUCAUGGCUGAAAGUUGAUAACGUACUAGUUCUACACCUAGUUCUAGUUCUAGACGCAAGUGUAAAUGCGGAUGUCAACCUGC